GGCCCAGGGCGCGGAGCGGGCGACGCGGGCCCCGGGCCGGGGCGGCGAGCGGGCAUGGCGGCGCGGGCCCGGCGCGCCUGGCUCAGCGUGCUGCUCGGCCUGGUGCUGGGCUUCGUGCUGGCCUCGCGCCUCGUGCUGCCCCGCGCCGCCGAGCUGAAGCGCGCGGGCCCGCGGCGCCGCCCCGAGGGCUGCGGGGGGCCGGGCCGGGCGCGGGCGGCGGCGGCGGCGGCGGCGGGCGCGCGCGGGGCGGCGCCGCCCGAGCGCAGCCUGCUCUUCGUGGGGGUCAUGACGGCGCAGAAGUACCUGGGGACCCGCGCGGUGGCCGCGUUCAGAACCUGGUCCAAGACCAUCCCGGGGCGAGUGGAGUUCUUCUCCAGCGAGGGCUCUGACACAUCUGUGCCCGUGCCCGUGGUGCCCCUGCCGGGCGUGGACGAUGCCUACCCGCCCCAGAAGAAGUCCUUCAUGAUGCUCCGGUACAUGCACGACCACUACCUGGACCAGUUCGAGUGGUUCAUGCGGGCCGACGACGACGUGUACAUCAAGGGCGACCGGCUGGAGGCCUUCCUGCGGAGCCUGAACAGCAGCGAGCCGCUCUUCCUGGGCCAGACGGGCCUGGGCACCACCGAGGAGAUGGGCAAGCUGGCCCUGGAGCCUGGCGAGAACUUCUGCAUGGGGGGCCCCGGCGUGAUCCUGAGCCGCGAGGUGCUGCGGAGGGUGGCGCCCCACAUCGGGAGGUGCCUGCGGGAGAUGCACACGACGCACGAGGACGUGGAGGUGGGCCGCUGCGUCCGCAGGUUCGCGGGGGUGCAGUGCGUCUGGUCCUACGAGAUGCAGCAGCUGUUCUACGAGAACUACGAGCAGAACAAGAGGGGCUACAUCCGGGACCUGCACAACAGCAAGAUCCACCGGGCCAUCACGCUGCACCCCAACAAGAACCCGCCCUACCAGUACCGGCUGCACAGCUACCUGCUGAGCCGGCGCAUCGCCGAGCUGCGCCACCGCACGCUGCAGCUGCACCGCGAGAUCGUGCUGAUGGGCCGCUACGGCGGCACGGCCGUGGGCCGCGAGGACCAGCAGCUGGGCCUGCCGCCCUCCUUCACGCGCUUCCAGCCGCGCCGGCGCGACGAGGUGCUGGAGUGGGACUUCCUGACGGCCCGGCACCUGUACUCGGCGGCCGACGGGCAGCCCCCGCGCCGCGGCCUGGACUCGGCGCAGCGGGAGGCGCUGGACGACAUCGUCCUGCAGGUGAUGGAGCUGAUCAACGCCAAUGCCCGGACGCGCGGCCGCGUCAUCGACUUCAAGGAGAUCCAGUACGGCUACCGGCGCGUGGACCCGCUGCACGGCGCCGAGUACGUGCUGGACCUGCUGCUGCUCUACAAGAAGCACAAGGGCAAGAAGGUGACGGUGCCCGUGCGGCGCCACGCCUACCUGCAGCAGACCUUCAGCCGCGUCCAGUUCCUGGAGCACGAGGCGCUGGACGCCCAGGAGCUGGCGGCCAGGAUCAACCAGGACUCGGGCUCCCUGUCCUUCCUCUCCAACUCCCUGCAGAAGCUGGUGCCCUUCCCGCUGCCCGGUGCCCGCCGCGAGCGCCCCGAGCCGCGGGAGCCCAAGAUCCACGUGCUGCUGCCGCUGUCCGGCCGCUUCGACAUGUUCGCCCGCUUCCUGGGCCACUUCGAACGGACCUGCCUGGUGCCGGGCCAGAACGUCAAGCUGCUGGUGCUGCUCUUCAACUCGGACGCCAACCCCGACAAGGCGCGGCAGGUGGAGCUGCUGCGAGACUACCGCCUCCGGCACCCCAAGGCCGACCUGCAGGUGCUGCCCGUGGCCGGCGAGUUCUCCCGGGCGCUGGCCCUGGAGGUGGGCGCCGCCCAGUUCACCAACGACUCGCUGCUGCUCUUCUGCGACGUGGACCUGCUGUUCACGGCCGACUUCCUGCAGCGCUGCCGCGCCAACGCCGUGCCCGGCCAGCAGGCCUACUUCCCCGUCAUCUUCAGCCAGUACGACCCCAAGGUCGUCUACGGCGGCCGCGCGCCCAGCGACAACCAUUUUGCCUUCACGCAGAAGACGGGCUUCUGGCGGCACUACGGCUUCGGCAUCACCUGCAUCUACAAGGGUGACCUGGUGCGGGCGGGCGGCUUCGACGUGUCCAUCCAGGGCUGGGGGCUGGAGGACGUGGACCUGUUCAACAAGGUGCUGCAGGCGGGCCUCAGGCCCUUCCGCAGCCAGGAGGUGGGCGUGGUGCACGUGUACCACCCCGUGUCCUGCGACCCCGCCCUGGAGCCCCGGCAGUACCGCAUGUGCGUGGGCUCGCGGGCGGCCACCUACGGCUCCACGCAGCAGCUGGCCGAGAUGUGGCUGGAGAAGCAGCGGCCGGGGGACGGCGGCAGCCGCAACAACGGCUCCUUGCGGACGGCCUGACCCGUGCCGCCGUCACACCCUCUAAUUUAUUGCUCCGGACUGUUUUGUACGCUCGGGGUCUCUGGGGUUUUUUUUGUUGUUGUUGUUGUUUGUUUCUUAGGGGACCCGGGGGGAAGCCCCCCGAGGAGCUGCUUUCCGGGUGGCUUUGUUCCAGAGGCCUCCUCGGCUCUCGGGCUCCUUGGGGGUCGGGGCUUUCUUCUUCUUGUCCGUAGUCGGGCCCCCCCCCCCCCCGGAGCACGGCGUGAUCACCCGCCCGUCCUGCCGUGGGACUGCAGUCGUGGCUGUGACACGAAGCGGACCCAGUGAACUGAUUUCCCUUUUUCUUCCUCUUUUCUCCCUCCUUAAAGGUUCUUUUUUAGAGUCCUUUGUUACAGUUCUCUGCUAAAAACAAGAAGGAACUAAGGAAAGUUCUUGCAAAGUAUUAUUGUCGCGAGACACUGUAACUCCGGUCCUCGUUCUGGUGUGACUGUUAACAUUGUGCAGAUUCGCGCCUUUGUCUCUCCCACCUCCCACCUCCCACCCCGCCCCCGCCCCCGCCCCCUCCUCCCUCGCUCCCUCUCUUCCGUUUGUUUGGAGCUGUUCCGCAUAGCCCUCUGGAGUAAGGGACCAUGACCCCAGCCGACUCGGGAGCCCCAGGAACGCGCUCAGCUCCUCCGGCAGGUGGUGUGGCCAGUGUGGACGCGGCCGCGUCUCGAGGGUCUGACCAUUGACCUCUUCCUAGCCUUCCCCAGUAAAGGGUAGACAGCCGGGGCGGAGGGAGCCCAGGGCCCAGGUGCUGCUGGCACGAGGAGACCGGGGUUCCAUCCUCCAGAGGCUGCGGGAUCCCCCGAGCCACCAGCCCUGGGCAGUGCUGAGUGUGGCCCGUAAAGUACAUUUAAUGGAAGGCAAAGAACAAGUGCCAGGCCCGAGAGCGCCCCCCCACACCAGCUCACCUGCUCCGUCCCGAGCUCAGGGUGGGGUGGGGGCCCCCACUUCUCAGCCACUGUCUCCUUUUUUCUCUUCCCCUCUGAGGUUCCUUUAAUUUAUUUGAUGCCCAUCGUGUAGGGCACUGCCGUUCCUCUGGGGGACGUUUGUCUGUCUUCCUGCAGUGACUCCGUCUCCAAAGAUUUCCUUGGAACACACGUCCCCCCUCCGCCACGCCCACCUCCUCGAUUCUGAGACAUUCCUUACUGUUUCUACUAAAUAUCAAGUGUUCUUUGACAAUUUUGGUGCUCACGUGUUUUUUUGGGGGGGACAAAGUGAAACGAAUCUGUCUUUACACCUGAAAGAUUGUUGUAAACUCACAGAUCAAAUGUGCCUUAAUAAUAAAAGGAAAAAAUGUUUUUCUCAUCUAGGGUUUGAGCAGGACUAGACUCAUCGUUGUAAUAAUCGGUCACAGGAGAUAUGCUUAUUUGUAAAUAGCCUCGCGCGCAUUUGGAAAAAUAAACCAGUGAACAAUAUUUUUCUAUUGUACUUUGAAGCACUGUUUUUGUCUCUUUUCUCCUGUCCUAGCUGGAGAAUUGUAUUACGUUUUGGAGAGUAAAAAUAUUACUGAAAUGCUGAC